UUCCAUCAUCAAUGGCAUCCAUGGCUGCAACAACUGCUGCAAGCUCCACCACUGUUGUCAGAGCCACCCCAUUCUUGGGUCAAACCAGACCCUCCAAUGUCAACUCUCUUAGAGACUCUGUCUCCAUGGUCAAUGCCAAAUUCACCAUGGGAAAUGACUUGUGGUACGGACCGGACCGUGUGAAGUACUUGGGACCCUUUUCGGCUCAGACACCAUCGUACUUGAGCGGCGAAUUCCCAGGUGACUACGGCUGGGACACCGCUGGCUUAUCAGCCGAUCCCGAGGCUUUUGCUAAGAACCGAGCUCUUGAGGUGAUCCACGGCCGAUGGGCAAUGCUCGGAGCAUUGGGAUGCAUCACCCCAGAAGUCCUCGAAAAAUGGUUGAAAGUCGAUUUCAAGGAGCCCGUUUGGUUCAAAGCCGGAGCCCAAAUCUUCUCCGAAGGCGGUCUAGACUACUUAGGCAACCCUAACCUCGUCCACGCCCAAAGCAUAUUAGCCGUCCUCGGUUUUCAAGUCAUCUUAAUGGGCCUUGUUGAAGGGUUCCGUAUCAACGGGCUCGACGGUGUCGGAGACGGGAACAACCUCUACCCGGGAGGUCAGUAUUUCGACCCUUUGGGCCUUGCGGAUGACCCGUUAACAUUUGCCGAAUUAAAGGUGAAGGAAAUAAAGAACGGGAGGCUAGCAAUGUUCUCAAUGUUCGGAUUCUUCGUUCAAGCAAUAGUGACCGGAAAGGGACCAUUGGAGAACCUUUUGGACCAUUUGGAUAACCCUGUGGCUAACAAUGCGUGGGUCUAUGCCACCAAGUUUGUGCCUGGUUCAUAAGUUUUACGACUUGUUAAUUGUUAUGUAUAUUUUAUGAACCCGAAACCGGGUUUUUUCCAAACUCAAAGUAGUAGAUCGAUCCGUGUGUUGAAAGAA